AUGGCGGCUUCCAUAGCUAAUUUUCGAUGUUUCGACGCAGAGGUAGAAGAGUGGGAGCUUUUCAGAGAGCAGCUGGAACAGUUUUACGUGGCUAAUAAAAUCGAAGAAAAUAUCAAAAAAGCGAUGCUAAUUAAUCAUUUAUGCUCGAAAACAUACAAGUUGCUAAGAGAUUUAUGUACGCCGGAUCAACCAAAAGAUAGAUCCUACGCAGAGUUGUGUAAAUUGUUAUCUACACAUUUUACUCCACCUGUUGUUGUUCACAAGGAAAGGCGAUGUUUUUUUCGAGCAAAGCGUCAUGAGAACGGUCACGAAGCUGUAAAUGAAUGGAUAGUACGUAUUAAAAACUUAGCAACCAACUGUAAGUUUGGCGAUACACUACAGCACAAUUUGGUAAAUAAGUUUAUCGACGGCCUUGAAGGUAAACCGUUCGAGCGGAUUUGCGAGGAAGGCGGUGAUCUCACACUCGAAAAGGCACAGGAAUUAGCUCUGAGAUACGAGGUCGACACUACGGAAGCACCCUUGAACUUCGUUAAACGAAACAACUUGAAUCAGAGCGGAGCUAACCGAUACAAAUCGAACGCGGAUGCAGAAAAACGGAAUGACCGUUCUAACAUCAAAUGUUUCGCUUGUGCCAAAAUGGGACAUUAUAAGAAAGAUUGUCGCUUCAAGGAUUACGUUUGUCGAAAGUGCAAUCAGAAGGGCCAUGUACAGUCAGCUUGCGAUAGUCGGCGAAAUUACUAUGUUGCAGCUACAACAGCGGAAAGCAAAGAAAAACCAGUCGACAAAGAGGAAGAGGAUCAAGUACAAUUGCAGCAGAAUUACAUACAUGCUCUUUAUUGACCCGGAGAUUCCGGAGGUAUCAUUACAAUCUUAGUGUGAGGAUGUGUAGUAUUCUUUCAGUGCAUAAUUAGCAUCCAUGCCCCCCUUGGAGAGUGGAGAGCGACAGUGAGAGAUUGAACCAGUUGUGAAUUGAAUAGAGUACAUACCGGAUCUCUAAAUAAAUGUAUUCCAGCAGAAUAGUAGUAACGUCUUGUUAAUUACUUAUUCCGUGACUUC